UGCUUAGUCUGUAACAAGAUAUAUAACAAAAAGACUCCAUAUGUAAUCCAUCUUCGUGUUCAUACUGGAGAGAAACCGUAUACAUGUGAGGUUUGCGGACGUGCUUUUAAUGAACGUGGAAGUUUAAAAGUACACAGUCGUCUUCAUACGGGGAUCAAACCCUUUAUUUGUGAACUUUGUGGAAAGGCGUACUAUUCUAGUACCUUACUAAAUAAACAUAUUCGACUCCAUGACCCUAACAUGGGUCACCCCUUCGCGUGUCCAACGUGCGGCCAAAAAUUCACACAGAAAUGUCACAUGCAGACGCACAUGAUGAUACACACCGGAGAGAAACCUCAUCAGUGUAAUUAUUGUGGAAAAACUUUCACUGAUCGUAGCAGUUUUAAUCGGCAUAAUAAAACUCAUACUGGAGAACGUCCCCAUGUUUGUUCAUUGUGCGGGAAAUCGUUCAUUCAACGCGUUCAGUUAGUGAAACAUAACCUGAGUCAC